CACGGAACCCGAGCAAUCGCCCCGUCGCUGGCCCGCUGUCGCGUGUGCAACAAUCCCACCGGCUCUGGCAGUGAUGUCACGGCAACGCGCCAUCUAGCUGUUUUUUCCCCGAGAUUUCCUGUCCCAGUUCCCCAGCGCCGGAGACGCCGGAUCGACUUCCUCCGCGACGACGCAUUCACGCGGAUACGAUGGCUUCGACCACUACCUCCGGCCGCCAGCCAGACCUGGCUUUGGUGUCGGAGGACGAUUUCGCCUACGAGCAAGACAUCCAACGCAACCCCGGAAGCACCAAGCCGUGGCUGGCCUACAUCGAGUACAAGCUCCAGCACGGGACAGAACGGGAACAGGCGUUUGUCAUGGAAAGGGCCUGUGUCCAGUUGCCCCGAUCGUACAAGCUGUGGAAGAUGUAUCUCCGGUUCAGGGUGAAGCACGUUUCGAAGCUCAACGCUGCCAUCUUCGCUGCCGAGUACCAGAAGGUCAAUGCGCUUUUCGAACGGGCACUCAUCCUCCUCAACAAGAUGCCCAGGAUAUGGGAGAUGUAUCUCCAAUUCCUGAUGCAGCAGCCUCUUGUGACGGCCACCCGACGCGCCUUCGAUCGCGCGCUCAGGGCGCUCCCAAUCACGCAACACAAUCGGAUAUGGGCGCUGUACAAGCCGUUUGCGAACUCGGCGGAAGGUAUGACGGCCGUCAAGAUCUGGCGGCGCUACAUGCAAGUCCAUCCCGAGGAUGCCGAGGACUUCAUCGAGUUGCUGGUCCAUACCGGGCUGUACACCGAGGCCGUAAAGAAGUACAUCGAAAUCCUCAACAACCCGCGCUUUCAGAGCAAGAACGCAAAGGGGCACUACGAGUUGUGGAGCGAAAUGGUCGAUCUCCUGGUCGAGCAUGCCGUCGACAUUGACACGGGGCACGAGAGCGAGAUCGACGUGGAAGCCAUCAUCCGGAGCGGGAUCGAGCGGUUCAGCGACCAGAGGGGUAAAUUAUGGUGCGGCCUGGCAACCUACUGGAUCAGGCGGGGCAGUUUCGAGCGUGCAAGGGACGUGUUCGAGGAAGGCAUCACUACGGUCAUGACAGUUCGAGACUUUACGCUCGUAUUUGACGCGUACACCGAGUUUGAGGAGUCCAUCAUAGGAGCCUUGAUGGAGCUUGCGUCGAAACGGGCCGAAAAUGGCGUGGUUGACGAGGCCGCCGACUUCGACCUGGACAUCCGCAUGAUGCGUUUCGAGCACCUGAUGGACCGCCGGCCGUUCCUCUUGAACGACGUCUUGCUCCGGCAAAAUCCCAAUAAUGUCGCCGAGUGGGAGAAGCGAGUCGCGCUAUGGGGCGACAACCACCAGGAAGUGGUGCAGACGUACACGGACGCUAUCGCCACCAUCCAGCCAAAGAAGGCGGUCGGCGCCUUCCAUCAACUAUGGGCCAACUAUGCCAAGUUCUACGAGAAGGGAGGAGAUCUGCGCAAUGCCCGGAUCAUCAUGGAGAAGGCGGUCAAGGUCCCGUUCAAGUCAGUGGCGGAGCUCGCCGACAUGUGGAUCGAAUGGGCCGAGAUGGAGCUGCGGAACGAGAACUUUGACGAGGCCGUCAGGAUCAUGGCCAAGGCCACACAGGCGCCCAAGCGGUCGACUGUGGACUACUUCGACGAGACGCUCUCGCCGCAACAGCGGGUGCACAAGAGCUGGAAACUGUGGAGUUUCUACGUCGACCUUGUCGAGAGCGUGAGCUCGCUCGAAGAGACCAGGAAGGUCUACGAGAGGAUAUUCGAGCUCCGCAUCGCGACACCGCAGACCGUGGUCAACUACGCCAACCUCCUCGAAGAGCACAAGUACUAUGAAGAAUCGUUCAAGAUCUACGAGCGCGGCCUCGACCUCUUCAGCUACCCGGUCGCCUUUGAGUUGUGGAAUCUCUACCUCACCAAGGCGGUCGAUCGCAAGAUCAGCAUUGAGCGACUGAGAGACCUGUUCGAGCAGGCCGUCACGGACUGCCCGCCAAAGUUCGCCAAGGUCCUCUACCUGAUGUACGGCAACCUCGAGGAGGAGCGGGGGCUGGCCCGCCACGCCAUGCGCAUCUACGAGCGGGCCACGCGGGCGGUCUCGGACGAAGACCGGGCCGACAUGUUCAACUUCUACAUCACCAAGUCGGCGUCCAACUUUGGCCUGCCGUCGACGCGUCCCAUCUACGAGCGGGCCAUCGCGACGCUGCCGGACAACGAAGCGCGCGACAUGUGCCUCAAGUUCGCGGACAUGGAGAAGAGGCUCGGCGAGAUCGACCGGGCCCGGGCGAUCUACGGGCACUGCUCGCAGUUCUGCGACCCGCGGACGGACCCGGAGUUCUGGGCCAAGUGGGAGCAGUUCGAGGUGCAGCACGGCAACGAGGACACGUUCAAGGAGAUGCUCCGCAUCAAGCGCAGCGUCCAGGCGAAGUACAACACCGACGUCCAUUUCAUCGCCUCGCAGGCGCUGGCCAGGAGCCAGGCGCAGCGGCAACAGAACGGCGGCGAGCAGCAGGUGGACCCCGAGGUCGCGGACGCGAUGGAGCAGCUGGAGAGGCAGGCCCGCGCACCGGCAGGCUUUGUCGCCGCAUCGGAAGGGAUCAAGGGGAGUGUGGAGAGCAGGCCGGUCGAGGUGUCCAAUCCUGACGCCAUCGACCUUGAUGGCAUGGACGAAUGAUGCGACUUCUCGACUCGAGCCGGUGACCGGUGCAUGCUCCCCAAUGGGGAAGAGACGAGAGCAUCGGCAUUUUUUCCUCAGAAAAGACGGACAGGGCGUGGGCCGGAAACCGGUGUGGAUGUCGCAAGUGCUCAUCUUC